GGGCUCACUCACUCGCUCGGCUGCCGCUGUGCCGAGGAGGGCGGCGAGAGAUGCCCGACGGGGGCGCCCCUGCCCGGGACCAGCGCCGAGCCGCGGAGCUGCGCCUGGCGGGAGGCGGCGGGCGACGCGCGCAGCGGUGCCGCUAGCCGCCGCCGGGGAGCCCCUCGGGGCAGAGGCCGCCCGCCUUCGCGCUCCCUCGGGGAUGUCCCCUCCUCUCUGGGCAGCCGCCUUUCUUGGCCUCCACAAGUGGCUGCUGGGCCGGGACCCCGCGAUCCGAGGGCCGCCCCGUCUGGCUAGGGGCCGUUGCCUUGCCCGAGACGCCCGGCUGGGGCCACGGAAAGCAAGACUGUGCUCCGGCGGCCCUCCCCCUGAGGCGACGGCCAGAGGAGGACGCCUUCGCGCCGAGAGAGCGGCUGCGCCCGGCCGCCCGUGAUGUGGACCGUCUGGGGGAGCCCCGGCGGAGCGGAGAGGAUGUCCGGGAAAGUUCUGCUGCUGUACCUGGCGCUCUGUCCAGCCUUGCGGAUCAGGGCUGAGAGCACAGAGGAAUAUGACUACGAUUACCUCAGCUCAAACAAAACGUGGGUCCUGACUCCCAGAGCCCAGGAAACAGAUGCCACUCAUAUCCUCAACUCCCUGCUCCAGAAUUAUGACAACAAACUGAGGCCGGAUAUUGGCAUCAAGCCCACUUUUAUUGAUGUGGACAUCUACGUAAACAGCAUUGGACCUGUCUCUGUGAUCCACAUGGAAUAUACCAUUGAUAUCUUCUUUGCCCAAACAUGGUAUGACCGGCGCCUUCGCUUUAACAGCACUCUCAAAGCUCUUACCCUCAACACCAACAUGGUGAGCAGGAUUUGGAUCCCAGAUACCUUUUUCAGGAAUUCCAAGAGGGCUGACUCCCACUGGAUCACCACCCCCAAUCAGCUCCUCCGGAUCUGGAACGAUGGGAAAGUCCUCUACACACUCAGGUUAACAAUUGAAGCUGAAUGUCUGCUUCAGCUGCAGAAUUUCCCCAUGGACACACACUCCUGCCCUCUUGUUUUCUCCAGUUAUGGCUAUCCUCGAGAGGAAAUAAUCUACCGCUGGAGAAGGUAUUCCAUUGAAGUAUCUGACCAGCGCACCUGGAGACUAUAUCAGUUUGACUUCACAGGUCUGAGGAACACAUCUGAAGUUCUCAGGACAGGUGCUGGAGAAUAUAUGGUCAUGACAGUGUCUUUUGACCUGAGCAGACGCAUGGGCUAUUUUGCUAUCCAGACCUACAUCCCCUGCAUCCUGACUGUCGUUUUGUCCUGGGUCUCUUUCUGGAUUAAGAGGGACUCCUCGCCUGCCAGGACAUCUCUGGGUAUUACUACUGUGCUCACCAUGACCACGCUGAGUACCAUCUCUCGCAAACAUUUACCCAGGGUCUCGUACAUCACAGCCAUGGAUUUGUUUGUCUCUGUGUGCUUCAUCUUUGUCUUUGCUGCCCUCAUUGAGUAUGCCACACUCAACUACCUGGUGGGGAACAAGAAACCAGCAGAGCACAACAACAGGAAACCCAGGCUGCCAGCCAGUCAUGCCCACAUGGUGCCCUCUUACACCACCAUCAACAUCAACAGCAUCUUGCACUGGCCUCCAGAGGUGGAAGAUGACGAGAGCGAAGAGCUGGCCUCCCCUUGUGCAGAAGGGAAGGAAUGUCAGAGGUUCUUUUGCUGCAUUGAGGACUGUCAAACAGGGAUGUGGCGGGAGGGCCGGAUCCGCAUUCACAUUUCCCGCCUGGACUCCUAUUCCCGGGUUUUCUUUCCCACUGCCUUCCUGCUCUUCAAUAUUGUGUACUGGAUUGCCUAUCUUUAUCUCUAGUUUCUUCAAAUAAAGAUUUUCA